GGGGGGGGAAAGAAACGCCGCUCUACGGGCCCUCGCCGCUGUCGCCUUGUCGCGCUCCCUUGAGGCGGCUGAGGUGGGCUCUGCCGGUCGGCCGUUGGGGGACGCGGGGCGAGGCCCGGCCCGGCGGGGAGCAUGUCUGCGGCCGACGGAGAGGCCUGGGACGGCAACGGGCAGCGCGGAGGGGGCAGCGGCGACGGGCCGGCCACCCAGGCCCCGCCCGGGGGGCUCCUCAACCGCUUCGUCCGCCUCCCACCCGGCCCUGGACGCGGCGGCCACAGGGUGCCACCGGCCAGGAGCGGCCACCGCUGCGUAGCCGACAAUGCCAAUCUCUACGUGUUCGGAGGAUACAAUCCUGACUACGACGAAUCUGGAGGGCCAGAGAACGAGGACUACCCACUCUUCCGGGAGCUCUGGCGAUACAACUUUGCUACCGGCACCUGGCACCAGAUGGGCACGGAGGGCUACAUGCCCCGGGAGUUGGCAUCCAUGUCGCUUGUGUUACACGGCAAUAACCUCUUGGUCUUUGGUGGCACCGGAAUCCCCUUUGGGGAGAGCAACGGCAAUGACGUUCACGUCUGCAACGUGAAGUACAAGCGGUGGGCCCUGUUCAAUUGCCGAGGGAAGAAGCCGAACCGCAUCUACGGACAGGCGAUGGCCAUCAUUAGCGGCUCUUUGUACGUGUUUGGAGGAACGACCGGCUAUAUCUACAGCACAGACCUGCAUAAGCUGGACCUCAACACCAAGGAGUGGACACAGCUCAAGCCAAACAACCUGCACUGUGACAUGCCAGAGGAAAGAUACAGACACGAAAUCGCGCACGAUGGGCAGAGAAUUUACAUCUUGGGAGGUGGGACUUCUUGGACGGCCUAUUCUUUGGAGAAGAUUCACGCCUACAACCUGGAAACCAACACGUGGGAAGAAAUCGCCACCAAGCCUCACAAGAAGAAAGAUUAUCCUGCAGCCCGAAGAUGUCAUAGUUGUGUACAGAUAAAAAAUGAUGUCUUUGUCUGCGGGGGAUACAAUGGAGAGGUGAUCCUGGGCGACAUCUGGAGACUCAGCCUGCAGACGUUCCAGUGGGUGAAACUGCCCGCCUUGAUGCCCGAGCCCGUUUAUUUCCACUGUGCGGCUGUCACUCCGGCCGGCUGCAUGUACGUCCACGGAGGCGUAGUGGACAUUCACCGGAACAGACGGACUGGCUCUCUCUUUAAGAUGUGGCUGGUGGUGCCCAGCCUGCUGGAACUCUCUUGGGAGAAGCUGCUGAUCUUUUACCCCCAUUUAGCCAAUCUCAGCCGAUCUCAGCUUCUGCACCUCGGACUGACGCAGGGACUCAUCGAACGCUUGAAAUGAAACGUCCCGCACGCCGGCGCGCUAAUUUAAAAAACAAAAAAAAAAGGCCUUUAUCCUCCCCAUCCCUCCCCUCCCUCCAUCUUUCCCCUCUCGCCCGUUCUCGUUUCCUCUCCGUGGUCCUGCGGAAAACACACCCCGGACUAGGAGGAGGAGAAAGAGAAGGCCCAAAGCGUCACCCCGCUUCUCCAGCCUUACACGCCAAGUACUUCGGACGCCUUUCCCGUUGCCUAUAUUUUUUUUCUAUACUGAUUUGAGAAUUUAUUAAACUCUGCUUCUUUUUUUUUUUUUAAUUUUUUAAUUUAUGGAGACCUAUAAAAAUACAUCAUGAACGAAAAGCUGCUGUCGCUGAGACGAUUUGUGCAGGCCGUCCUCGGCUUAAGCGGAGUCCGUUUAGUGACCAUGCGGAAGUGACCAAAGGCACUGGGGAAAAAAAAGCAGCUCAACCGUUUUUCACACUUAACGACCGUUGCGGGAUUCCCCACUUGGCAACUUAACUCCCGUUAACAGCGUCCCGGGCUCAUGUGAAUCCCUUUUUUUUUUUGACGUCCCGACAAGCAAAGUCCAUGGGGUGACUGCGUGACUCACUUAACCACUGUCGCAGGAACGGUCGUAAAACAGGGAAAAAACGUUUGUCAAAUGUCUCCCUUAAGCCACGGAAAUGUGGGGCUCAUGGUCGUAAGUUGAGAACUACCUGUACUGGGUUUUGCUGCACGCUUGUAAUCACGUAAGGCAGUGUUUCUCAACCUUGACCAUUUUAAGGCAUGUGGACUUCAACUCCCAGAAUUCCACAGCCAGCAAUGCGAGGAUCCGGUCAAGGCCUUCCUGUUUCGGCCCGCGACUUCCCCUUUCGUAAGAGGUGGUAUCCUGCGGUCAGCGUACCUGGAAUCCCUCUGGAAUCCGGUGAGGCCGUUUUCCUGCUUCCUGGCAGAGAAUCGGAGGAACCCCAGCCCCGCUUUUGUCGUUCCUCGGUGGUCCUUUUACGGAGAGCGACAACGGGGGCUGCCCCUUGCGACUGUGUAGAACCAGGGGAGGGGGGGUCCUUUGUUGCCCUUUCCUACCCAGAUACCCCAAUCUUGAGUUUUGUCGAUGUGAUCUGGAAAAAAAUCCUAGCUAAGUUGCCUUUCCUAGCAACAUCCCAAACGAGAAGAAUUAUUCCCAAAAAUAAGAAUCGUCAAGAUAACGCUGUUUUACACACACCCACACCCGUUGCAAGGGUGCUUGUGUGUGUAAAUGGGCGGGGAGGGGAUCCAUGUUCAGUGCUGCAGCUGUAUCGGCAAUUAAUUUCUCUUCCUACCAACUGGCCUUUGAAGUUUUGCUUCAGUUAUUUUUUAUUUAAUUUUUUUUUUUUUUGAAAAGUCCUUCCAAUCGGAUGGGGGAUGUUCUCUCGAAAAGAGUAUUUUGAUUGCCAGGCCGUCAUUCCCCGGAAAGUCCGCGUCAUCGUCGGUGUGUCUCAUGCAUGAGCAAAAAAUCCCAGUACAGGUUAAGUCCUCGAUUUAUGACAGUUCACUUAGCGUUCAAAGUUACGGCGACACGGGGGGAAAAAGUGACUUGUGACUGUUUUCAUAGCUACGACCGUCGUGGCCUUCCCCAGCAUCAUGUGAUUGGGAUCAAAAUUCAGACACUUAUUUACAGAUUCAUAUUUACGACGGUUGCAACGUCCCGGAGGAACUCGUGGGAAUCCCCACUUUGCGACCUCCUGACAAGCAAACCUCCGUGGGAGACGCCAGUUUCACUUAACAACCGGGUUACUAACUUAACCGCAGUGAUUCACUUCACAACUGAGGCAAGGACGGACGUAAAAUGGGUCAAAACUCACUUUAACAAAUGUCUCCCUUAGCAAACAGAAGUUUUGGCCUUUUGGUUGUGGUGGUUAAGGCGAGGACGCAGCUGUAUUGCUCUCAAGAUUUCUUGCCUUUUAAAAAAAAAUAACACUGGAAAAAAGGAAAA